CCUGUAAUGGAUGGAGAUGGAUCUCCACGUCAGCUUACGUCUCCAAAUUUUUACUCCGCGGAUCUGCUUCAAAGAGGCAGGAGCAGCAGAGUAGACGAACGAUGUUAAGAAAAGCUUUUGCAGAGAGGCCGGCGCAAUGAUGGAUUUUGAUGAGCGGGUUUCAGUUGGCUCUAACAUGUACUUACCCAGUUGUACUUACUACGUGUCGGCUCCUGAUUUCUCCAGCCUCCCUUCUUUUUUACCCCAAACCCCGUCUUCUCGCCCUAUGACGUACUCUUACUCGUCUAACCUACCCCAGGUUCAACCUGUGAGAGAAGUAACCUUCAGGGACUAUGCCAUUGACACAUCCAGUAAAUGGCAUCACAGAAGCAAUUUGUCCCAUUGCUAUUCUGCAGAGGAUAUUAUGCACAGGGACUGUUUGACUACCGCUCCUUCUAACAUGGGAGAAAUGUACGCGAAAAACAACUCUACUGUCUACCACGCAAGCUCCAAUCCUUCGUCCAAUUUCUACAGCAGCGUUGGAAGAAACGGGGUUCUGCCCCAAGCUUUUGACCAGUUUUUCGAGACGGCUUACGGAAAUGGAGAAAACCCGUCACCCGACUUCUCCGGGGACAAAAACUCCAGCAAAUUACCUGCCGCUGCAAUGCCCAACUCUGAGACUUGCCGCAUGACAGAGGAAAAAGAGCGGCGAGAAGAAAACAGCAGUCCCGAAUCCUCUUCCGGCAACAAUGAGGAGAAAUCUCACAGCAGCAGUGGCCAACGAACUCGAAAGAAGAGGUGCCCUUACACAAAAUAUCAAAUUCGAGAGCUGGAAAGAGAAUUUUUUUUUAGCGUUUAUAUUAACAAAGAGAAGCGACUCCAGUUGUCGCGAAUGCUCAACCUCACCGACCGCCAAGUAAAAAUCUGGUUUCAGAAUAGGAGGAUGAAAGAGAAGAAACUGAAUAGAGACCGUUUACAGUAUUACACUGCAAACCCUCUGCUUUAAGAUUUCUCCAACUACAGAAUGAGAUUUGUUUUCUAUAUGUGACAAUAUCUGGGGCUCAGUGACAAAUUUCAGAACUUGCUUGCUCAUAAAACCAAUCAUGAAAAUACAAUUUAAAAAGUACAGCAAUUGUAAAGUUACCUUUUAUUGAUAUAAAAUAAAUUAACUGGAAUAUUUUUUCAUUUUCACUAUGGUUUAACAUUUACUUGGCAAGUUCGUGGCCACGACGCGACAAAUUGCAUUAUUGUAGGUGUGUGUUUGAAUUUUGCAAUUUUCAUAUAUAUGUGUGCGCGCGCGCCCGUGUGUGGGUGUGUAUACGUGUGUGUGGAUAUUAUGUGAAAGUCUUCUGUGUAAGUUGUGUGUACUUCAUUUAUCGGUAACCUAAGAAAUGUAUUAUCUUUGAAGAAUACAGUCUUUUCCAGUGUUACACUUUACAACUAUUGGAAUAA